UCUCUCUCCCUCUUUUCUUCUUCUUGGUUGGUUGGUGGCGGGGUUAUGCGGCCGGGCAAGCUCGGCGAGCAAAGUGCGUCAAGGCUGGCGGGACGCUGAGCUUUGGUUUCGUUGGCCAAGUAAUGUGGUGUAUAGCUUUAGGCUUUUGGGCUGAGGCGUGUGCUUGGACUUGUGCGGGCGGGAAUAGAAUUGUCCAAAGGUCAACAAACUACCCGUGCAUCCUUCAUAUAGAACGUGCAAUAAGAAUGAAUGCGUUCGGGUCCCUUUGCAACGGCCGGGGAUGUCCAAUUGCUCAAAGCUGCGUACGUGUACAAGAGCGAUUCUUGCCCAAGGUGCCUCGGCUAGCUGCACUCGUCCACGUGUUCUGGGAAUAUGCAACUUCACAAGGAAUGGAGUGUCGUGAGAGGGGCCUGUUCAAAAUGGUGAAGUUGGGCUCUGGAAGCACUGUGAGCCUGUUAUGUUGUGCUGUGUUGUUGAGUAUCCAGGAUCCGGGAGCGGGCCACCAAUCACACAAGGUAAGUGGUGUUGUCUCGACCCAAUGAGUAUCUUAGUCUCUUGCAGAUGCACUUUUUCUGGUCCUCAGCUGGCAAAAAGCGGUGCACGUGAGCGUGGGUAGCCACUGCGGAAAUCGACUUGAUAUCAGAGUUCAACAGGGCAGCACAGCAGCGGUUAUAAUGGAUGAUGUGUCAAGAAAUUCAGUCCCGGGACUCCUGUGGGCAACUCGCGCAAAAGGUU